CGAAAGAGUGGCGGACCUGCGACACCCGGGCAUUUAUCGGAACAUGACAGGUUUCUGCUGUGUAUAGAUCAGGAAAGUGUGAAUGAAUUAAUGACAGAAUAAAGUUAAAACAAAAUAAAGUUUUUUUUGUUUCUUUGCUGAACAAUUAGGUGCUAUUUAUAUCGGCUGUGUUGUGUUCGGUGACAGCUCGAAGUGAGGCAGGGUACCGGCCGGUGUGUAGCCGAGGAGCUAGCGAGAAACCUGGAAGAAGUUUUUAGCUAAGCGAAUCCCUUGUUUCGCUUCUGUCUGUUAUAUUAUUUUGUUUCUGGUCAUAGGUCAUUGUAGGUAUGAGUGCCGCGGUGUAUGUUUUAUCCACGGUCACGGGCUAUGUGCUCACAUCCGCCUUGCUGCUGAAAUGUCCUUCACUGCUGCAUCGCAGGAAGCGCGAGACAUUCCGCAGCCGCCACAUCUCACACCGCGGCGGUGCAGGUGAGAACCUGGAGAACACCAUGGCAGCCUUCAGACAUGCUGUAGAGCUUGGCACUGACAUGCUGGAGCUAGACUGUCAUUUGACCAAGGACGAGCAGGUGGUGGUGUUGCAUGACUUCAACCUAAAGAGGUUGACCGGAGUUAGCUGUGACAUUUCGGAUGUUGCGUAUGCUGAUCUUCCACCUUACUUGUGCAAGCUUGGUGUGACUUUCAAGCGAGAGUGCUUUAUCGAAGGAGGUGACGAUAAAGACAUCCCUCUGCUGAGAGAUGUAUUUGAGGCUUUCCCAAAGACCCCUAUUAACAUUGACAUCAAAGCCAAUAAUGACACCCUCAUUAGGAAGGUCUCUGAGCUGGUUGUUAAAUAUGAUAGGGAGCAGCUGACUGUAUGGGGUAACUCCAGUGACAAGAUAAUUCAGAAAUGCUACAAAGAGAACCCUCAGAUUCCACUGCUGUUCAGUUUACCCAGAGUGUUGAUCCUCAUGGGGCUUUUCUACACUGGCCUUCUGCCCUUUGUACCCCUAAAGGAGCAGUUCUUGGAGAUUCCCAUGCCUUCUAUUCUUUUCAAACUUAGAGAUGAUAGGAAGAUGACCCGGAGUGAACGCUGCAUCACCUGGCUGGCAGACACCCUCCUCAUGAGAAAAGCUCUGUUUGACCAUCUAACAGCUCGUGGAAUACAGGUCUAUCUGUGGGUUCUGAAUGAUGAGGAAGAUUUUAAACGUGCAUUUGACCUCGGGGCCACUGGCGUGAUGACAGACUUUCCCACUAAGCUCAAAGAGUUCAUGGAGAAUAACAUCCCUUCUAUAUCCAAAUGACUUGUAAAGGGAAAGUAACUGACUUUAUUACAGUUUCGCUGUAUUUCUUUCCAUGUUUUUGUGCAGCUUGGACAGAAUAUCCUCCAGCAUUGCAUAUGUGGAGUAACAGAAGAGGCUGAUAGGAGUUUGCUAACCACAUUUUAAUAAUAAUACUCAUGUUAUAAGGCUGUAAUAGAUUCCUUUUUGAAAACAGUAGCACACAUGUUAUGAGUAGCACAUCAAGAUAACUAUUCUAGUUUGUGAACACUUGCAAAGACAGUUUUAAAUCUGCUAUUACAUGAAUCUUUAGAUAUGGACAUUUUUUUUUUGUUAAAGCUUAGAGAGAAAUACUGUAUAUCACAAGUAGCAUAACACAUGAUGAUGCUCAUCAAAGGCUUUGUUGUACUACUGAUUUGAGUACAGCCUCAUUGUCUGGCAGUAACAGAACAUACCCAGUAGGCAUCGAUUUUAUGAGGAUACAAUUUCCAUUUAAAUAUGAAAUUUGAAUAGAGUGCUUAUAAACAUAAGCACUACACUGUAUAUUACAUGUAGAUAAACAAGCUUAUAUGAAGGUAUGUAAGUUGCUUAUACAUGUGAAUCUGAAACAAGAAAAUAGUUUAUAGUGUACAAUUAAAAAAAAAAAGGUGCACAAUUCUGGAGGCACAAAACUUUUAGCUAUGCUUUACUUCUUUUGUGCUGCAAGUGGCCUAAGUGAUAGGGAUACACACUUCUAAACACGAGGCAUAUAGUUGACACAAGAGGGUACCAGCAGUGGGCCUCACAUGCAGUUUAUUACCCGGAUGCAGUAAGGAAAUGAAUACAAACCACAAAUGACCACUGAAUAAAUAGUCUGUCUAGUGUUUACACAUUAUGCUUUAGUCUAUAUGCAUAUUAUCAUAUGCAUACCUCUUAUCAUAAUCAUAUGACUGAAGAUAUCUAUCUCAAGCAAUAACUUUAUAUAAUAAAUGUUUAUCAUCGCUGGCGUAUAAAAGUAUUUAAUUAACUGAGUGAUAUAAUUUAAGGACUUGCUGUAGAUUAAUCAGAGGAAAGACCCAAAUACUGUAGCUUAUAAAAAUGCAGCCGAGUGGCCAUACAUUGCUGCCUGUUUUGCACAAAAACCACCUGUUUUACACAAAUAAUAUGUACAGUAACACUACAACUUAUACAAAUAACUCACAAUAAUGAUCAUCUUAGGAUGUGGCAUUAGGCGCUAUAAUAAGUUAUUCCAAUCGACAGAGAAUAAGGCAUGUAUAUGUUUACAGUGGCAAACAAAUAUCACUCAGAGCUGUCUAUAAAAUGUAAUCUAUUAAAUAUAUUCUGUACCAAGCUCACUACUUGUUUUUGUUUGUCCCCACAACUGCUCUUUUGACUGCCUUAUUUUUGAAGAGGAUAUAGAGGAUUCCUGUUUUUUUCUAAGUGCAAGGAAACAAGUCAAACUUUCUGUCUAGAGUAAUCACGUGUGUAGUGCAGAUAAAGGUAGAGGGACAUUAAAAAAUGAUGGAACAUUCCUUUAACUUAUCAACAGGUAGUCAUAAUAAUGCUGUCUGCCAUUUUGGUUGUUCCCUCAUAGCGUUGGUUAAUUGCAAUCAUUUCUUUAGCUAUGAAAAAGCCAUACAAAUUCAUAAAAUUAAUGUGCAUUCGUGGAAUGAGUGCUGUCUCCGUUUAAAGUUUGUUCUUUAUGUCUCUGCCUUGUGUGUAGUUUCUUAAAAGCAUACCAAGCUCCAAAGCUGUCACACUUUAAGCGUGCAGCUUCUUGAGCAUCAUUAGGCUAAAAUAGCUUGACUUGGAUUGGUGUAAAGGCAAACAAAGCUAGAAGUUUACAGUGUGGUCAUUCAACACAAGUCUCACUGCAGUCUUCUGUGAUGCAGUUAUAAUUUGCUUGUAAACGAUUAUCAACAGCUCAACAUUCCAAGUCAAAUCAUGUAUUUAAUGCUUAUGCUUAUUGAUGAAUGCUGUUUGGCCUAAUGAUUGUGAACAGGUUAUGGGGCUGGGAUUCUCUGGUUUAUUUGUUCUUCAAUUUUGUGUGUUGUUUAAAUGUAUUAUUUAAUAGCCAUAGGUUUUAUAUAGAUUUCGGUGCAAUCUUAUCCCAUCAAUCAGUUCAUAGUAAUGAAUGUGAUGAGAUGACAGUGAAAAUUACUUUAUAAAAAGCUGUGUUGGAAGCAAUAGCACAAUCUUAUGGAUAAUGGCCAGGUUAGUGUGUAACAGUUGAAGAUUACUUAUGAGCAUUUAAUUUCUAUAUAUGUAAAUUAGAUAUAGAAGCAAAAAUGAACUCAAUGCGGAAUAUAUUUUAAACAGUUUAUUUUUAAAUGGUAGUUUUCUUCUUUUGUGGGCCUGCUGUUUAUUCUUUUUUAUUCUGUAUUUGUGUGUGUAUACUGUGAUAAUUUUCCAGUGACUAUAUUCAUGUUUUUCUCCACAAUACUGCCUUUAUUAUGUGUGUGUGUGUGUGUGUGUGUGUGUGUGUGUUUUAAGUCAGUAUAAAUUAGUUAAUUGCAAAUAUUUUUGUUUUGUGUUGAAAUAGGGCAGUUAAUCUGCAACUUUGAGAUUUUGUGCUGGAAGGCGCCAUCUGCAGAAUGAAGCAAGAUCUGCUGCCUUUAUCCUAAACACCACAAACCAGUGCUCGUUUUCUCUCUCUCUCUCUCUCUCUCUCUUCUUUUCUGGGGGAUCAUUUUACUACUGUAGAUAUCGAGUGCUGAGAAGAGUGUAAUAGAAUAACAAUUGACUGCAGGGUAAAUUAUGUUAUGAAUAUAGCAUUAGAGUAGGUCAUGCCUAUUUAUACCCCACUUUGUCUUUGUAUUUUUGUAUAUUUGUAGACACUUAUAAAACAAAAGCACCAAAUAAAAAGAGCAUUCAGUCUUA